AUGUCGUCGUCCAUUGCGAUACCUAAGCGUAAGGGCAAGGGCCCUGCUCAUAACCCUCGGAACUCAUCCUCGUCGUCGUCAUUCGUGGCUUCCACACCCGAGACACCCAAUCACUACAAUUACAACUUCUCGACGCCUUCGCCGACCCGCUUCUCGUACGCCGGAGGGGGGAGUAGCUAUGGUUCUACACCUUCGUCAACGUCGUCGUCGGGGAGUCCGACACAGAAUAAUGCGAGUAACAUGCGCCGCCGAGAGAGCCUAAUGAGCGAGACGUUUGCUCGACAGGAACAUAUCGUUGUGAAUGUUGGGGAAGAGGAUGAGGGGGGUCUCAGGCUGAUCACUUGUGUCAAGGCUAGUCAAGGGUUUGAUUGGAAUCAGGAGAUGUUUCUCCCUUCCUACAUAGACUACCAUUUCGAUGACCUCGAGCGACGACAGGAUCCUGUGCAGGAUAUCAUUAUCACGGAUGAGGAGGUUAGGAAUAUGUUUCCGCAGUAG